AUGGGAUCAGCAGUGAGCACUUCAACAUGUCCCAUACUUUUCCAGAUAGCUGAAAGUGAAGAAGAACGCUAUUCAAGGAGGAUUUUCAUUGAUGAGAAGGUGUUCAACGGUGAAGAGCAUCGAGGCGAAACCUUGCAAGAGGCACCAGGUACUCUGGUGACGAUCCGAAAUGUGCCAAACGUGUCCAAGUUGAGCGUGACGGCUUUGAUUUCGAAAAAGAAAUAG